UAUUGUUUAGUAAAGUGGAAGGCAGUAGGAAAAGAGACAGACCACGUUCCAGGUGGAUAGACUCAGUCAAGGAAACCACAGCUUUGUGUCUGUAACUGAAACGUCUUUUAUUCAUGGGGUCACCAUAAAUCUGACUCUACUGGGUGGCAGGUAACAACAGCCAGCAAUAAUGACUGUGUUUCCAUAAGAUUGCAUCUUAAAUCAGUCUGUUGCUUGCGCUCUAACCUAUUUUGUUGUUAUCUGUUUGGCUCCAAGACUGACAAUAACAUGGCUAUCCCUUUGAAAUAGCUAGAGGCUUGAUACAAAGCAAAAGUGAACUCUUGUGAUGAAGGGCAAGAAGCAAAUGUCACUGUUCUAACCAUUUCAGUUUGCAGGAUUUGGGACUGGAAAGUUCAGCGUUCCCAUGCAGAGUGGACACAAGACCUUGGCAUGAAUCAGAGAUGCUAGGUUUUAUUUACAGAAGAUAUACCAGGUUUUAAAGUUGAUUUAGAUUUGUGCUGCUCCAGCUUUUUAAAAAUAUCAGACUUGCCUUUUACAGUUGCUUGCCACGAAGACAUGAGCAGGUGAUAACGCUUAUCUCCUUCUCCUUUUCGUGCAAAAAAGGGCUUUACUUUGCAAACUUCUAGACAUCAAGCUUUGCUUAAAGGCACAAGGCGGUCUUUCUCGCAUUCCUGCUCACCAGAGAUUUGUUAAUUUAAAGAAUUCUGGUGUGUAAGGGAUUGUUCAUCAUCUGAGAACAGAAUGUCGGAAGGCAUUAAAGUUGUCCUGCUUUUCAGAACGAAAGGUUUCUUAAUUGAAGGUCAGUGCCAGGACAGUGAAAAAAGAGCAUUGUAGGGUGGGUUUGGGCUCCAUUAAUAGACAUUUUGCUGAAUUUGAAGAGGGACUGUGUGUUGGGGCAGUUUUAUAUGUUCUUGCUGGUGAUGAAUAAUAUCCAGUGUUGUGGAAAGAAGAGAAAAAAAUGUCAACACGGGCCCAACCUAUUUUGUUCGGGUGGUUGAACAGAGAUGUGGCCUGCUGACACGGAAUCUGAUACCUGCAGCCUAUUUCUUUCUCAGUCUUCGAGUCUAACGGAGGAGCCAGAGAGAGGGCCAUGGCCCAUCAUAAUGUCGGCUUCCAGCCCGAGAACACAUUCGCACAGCCGGAAGCUAAGGAAGAAACGGCCAACAGUGAGCACAGCCCCCUAGACUGUGUCAUCUGCUUCACCCCUUAUGACCGGCUCUUCAAAUUGCCGAAGGAACUCAGCUGUGGUCAUAUCUUCUGCCUGGAGUGCCUAGCCCGCAUCAACGUCUCUUCUGAGGAUGUCAACUCUAUCUCCUGCCCGAUUUGCCGGGCACCGACUACCUUGCCUUCUCGCAAAGGGCUGCCGGGUCUCCCCACUCGCCCCGAACUACUGGAGCAGCUCCCUUCGUCCCCUGCCCCUCCAGGCUCAGUACGCUUUGACCGUCGCAAGGGCUUGCUUUACUUGCCAGGUGGGAACAGGGGCCGCUUGCAGGCUGUGCCCAAGCCAGGGGCUGCCAUCAACACAGUCAGCCUGAGUGUCGAUGUUGGGCGGCCUGCACCGCAAGGACGUAGCCGAGUCCUGGGCCUCUCUGGCUGGCCAUUCUACGUGGCCCUGGCAGUCGCCUUGCUGGUUACGAUUGGUCUCAUUAUCUGUGGGAUUUAUAUCUUUUUGAUGCCAUCCAUGUAUACGGUUCCAGGGACAGGAUCACUCCAACCGAAUUCUAGCUCUGGACAUGAGUUAAACCAUUCUCAUACAACGAACCCGCCUUACCCUUAGAAUGAAAAUGUGGAAGAAAGGGAUUGUGAUUGCUCUUCCCUUCCCCAUGUUGUGACUCUCCCAAGUGGGAAUUUUGGGUAGAAUGGACAUUGUUAUGCCCCAAGAGGGUAAAGGAGUGGGGAGGGAAUUGAAAUCUCCUCUUGACUGAAUUGACGGUUACCUGCGGAGGCAAUUGAGCUAGCACUUUCUUAGUGAUUUGCUGCUUGAACAACCACAGGAAGUCCCUGCCACAGACAUCCGGGUGCAUUAUCGUCUCUAGAUAACAUCAGAACUCGUUAUGCCUCAAUAAUGAAUGUGUUGCAUCAGAAGCAGAAAAGUAAAAAAGAGAAUGUGUUACCCCAUCUCAGCACAUGGGUGAAAGAAAGCUUCCAGUCUGAUUGAGCCAUCAGCUUCAUCUGCUCCAAUGGCAAGCAAACCAAGAUCCUUCCAAAGUUGCUAGACUGCAGUUCCUAUCAGCCCUAAUUAGUGAUGAGGAAUGCUGAGAGCUGUCAUUAAAACAACAGUUGGAAGGCCACAACUUGCCUUCUCUCAGAGUCUUUCCCACUAUGCAAUGAUAGCACUAUGAUUCCACUUUUAACUGUCAUGAUUGCAUGCUAUGGAAUCUGGGAUUUGUAGUUCGGUGAUGCUGAGAGGAACUCUUGGGCUGAUAAAAUCUAAAUAUUCCUCCCCAAACUGCAAAUCCCAGGAUGCAGAGGGUAAUCAUGAUGUUAUAAAUGUGAGUAGUGGGAAAGGUUUCCUGUUCUGUUUAUUGCUGCAUGAUGAGAUGUCUAAGCUGGAUGGUAGUGGAACGUUUGCUAUUUCUGAUGUGAAAGAGAAGGUUGUAAACCUGAAUUUUCUCUUAGUUGGAAAAAUAAAACGUUUUUGCAAUCAAACAGCCAGCACAAGCAGGGAAUGGACUCGGUCAGAAUCUUUCCUCUCCAAUGUUCUUGGGAAUGUUGUUUUUGUCUCAACAGUAGGUACUUGGGUCCACUGAAAAGGAUGCAUUCCUGGUCUUGGGUUGGAUGUGGCACAGUAUCCUCUUAUCACCUCAUUCUGCUUCAUGUAGCCACCCUCCAGCAUGGCUUUCUGCUUAUGGAGUACCAUGAGCAGAGCUCUUCUUGCUGCACCCCUUUCAAACAUGCUUUUCCUUCUGCACCUCUGACAAAGGGGCUGGAGGCUCCUAUUUUGGGUGCCAUGUGUCUUUGCUCACAUCCUGGCAUGGUAAGAGGGCUUUUUAGAGGGGAAAUGGCCCUUGGCAGAGCCUGGAAACAUUGCUUCAAAUCAAGGAAAACUGGGAGACAUUGGGGAAUUGUAAUUGGGAAAUGUUAACUUCUCUAAGUUUGGAUGCAAAUCUUGACAGAUCCCUAGAUGCUGAUGGCUGGCCCUGUGAUCAGAUUCCACAGCCUGGUAGUUUCUGUAGCUUUAUUAACAUACACAAAAAUGAAAGCUUAUGUGGCAAAAGCUGUGAACACCAUCUAUAUGAAACAGAAAUGUGCCACUUGAUGCCUUGAACUAUGAUUUUCAUCAGCCCCAGUCAGCAGGCAUAGCAAGCUCAGGAGUGAUGGAGGUCAUAGUCCAUUCAGAAGGAUGCUGGAUUGUCCAUCCUUGGCGUGGUGGAGAGCCAUUUCUUCUUGGCCCUUGUACCAGAAUUUAGUAGCAGGGCAGCCAACUUUCUUUUCCUGACAGCCUUCACACCAUGGAGAAUUUCUCAGCAGUUUUUCCUAAUAUAGAGAUGUAGUAAUCAGAUUGGAGAUUUUCAUUCCUAAAUUUCUACUGGGAACUCAAAGGUUAAGAGCACAAGAACCUUCCUGCUAGAAGAGGGUGAUGGCAAAUUAAUGCACCAACAAGAAGGAGCUAUUUUGGGUUCUGGAUUUCUGCCUCCAACAUGGAGCCAGAACUGUCACUGGACUAGCUGACCAGGAAAAUUAUAUACAGUAUAUAAUUAUAUAUAUAAUUUUCUGGCUUGUUCUAGUUUUUUCAACAAUGGCCUGAAAUGCUGAAUUCAGGGGAAAUGAAAAGCACAUAGGCAAUCAAUAUUAUCAGCUGCCAAUUCUUGUGGAUCAUAUUGCUGUAUGAAGCAAAGCAGCAGGAUCCAGUUUAAAAGCUGUCAAGGAAAGCAUUUUCCAUUUUUGUUUCUUGUUUGGAUUUUACUCUUUCCCCCAACAUAAUGUGGCUAUACAGCAGCCAAAAACGCUCCAUCCCUAGUUAAGUUAUUGGUUCAAAUAUUAGAAUCACUUCAUUGUCAUAUAUUUUGCAUCACUGACACUAUCUUGUUUGGAAACCAGUCAUGUUUGCAAACAUCAGUUCUUUAAAAUAUUUAGAACGAAGAGCAGUGAUAAGUGAGAAAUGAACUAAAGACUGUGAAGAACCUGGAAUUUUAUGAGGAUCACCAUAAGAAGCUUCAAUUCUGCUUUCCGAGCCUGGCAUUAAAGAUUUUAUCAACAUAACAAUUGGGGGAAAGCCCAGUUAGGAAAACCUUUACUGCAAGUGGAGACUCACUGAUGUAUGUAUAAAGAACAUAUUGACAACAACUGGUGAAGCACUAACCCUUCCUGCUAAUGUUAAAACACCUCUCAGUAAUGGGGUUACAAAUAUCUGCCACCAAUGGGGAUGGUUGAAGACAUUUCCCCAUUAUAUUCUGUUUUCGUCUUUCCCUUUCCCCUAUGUAUGCUCCCAAAAUAAAUAUUUUUCCAGGAUAUUAAAAACAUUUUUUGUGAAUAUUUCAAAAACCAUCCAAGAUUUUGAAUGGAUUAUUUUAAAAAUGCAACCAAACCAUGGAGGAUUGUAUUGGCUA